CGGAGUCGAGUGUUGGAACGACUCAGAGCCAGCUUGUCCUUGUGGCGUAGGUACAACAGCAUCAUGUCGUCCCCGGCGUCUACCCCGAGCCGCCGCAGCAGCCGACGCGGACGAGUCACUCCUACCCAGUCGCUAAGAAGUGAGGAAAGCAGGUCGUCUCCCAAUCGAAGACGUAGAGGCGAAGAUUCUUCCACCGGAGAGCUGCCGCCAAUGCCCACCUCACCAGGAGUGGACCUGCAGAGCCCAGCUGCACAGAAUGCCUUGUUUUCCAGCCCACCUCAGAUGCAUUCUUCAGCUAUUCCUUUGGACUUUGAUGUUAGUUCACCAUUGACAUAUGGCACUCCCAGCUCUCGAGUAGAAGGAACCCCAAGAAGUGGGGUGAGAGGCACACCAGUGAGGCAGAGACCAGACCUGGGGUCAGCACGAAAGGGUAUGCAAGUGGAUCUGCAGUCUGAUGGAACAGCAGCAGAAGACAUAGCAGCAAGUGAACAGUCUCUAGGCCAAAAACUUGUGAUUUGGGGAACAGAUGUGAAUGUGGCAACAUGCAAAGAAAAUUUUCAGAGAUUCCUUCAGUGUUUUACUGAUCCUCUAGCCAAAGAAGAUGAAAAUGUUGGCAUAGAUAUUACUCAACCUUUGUACAUGCAACGACUUGGAGAGAUUAAUAUUAUAGGGGAGCCAUUUUUAAAUGUGAACUGUGAACACAUAAAAGCAUUUGGCAAAAAUUUGUAUAAACAACUCAUCUCCUACCCACAGGAGGUUAUACCAACCUUUGACAUGGCUGUCAAUGAGAUCUUCUUUGAACGUUAUCCUGACUCCAUAUUAGAACAUCAGAUUCAAGUAAGACCUUUUAAUGCAUUGAAGACAAAGAGUAUGAGAAACCUGAAUCCAGAAGACAUUGAUCAGCUCAUCACCAUCAGUGGCAUGGUCAUCAGGACAUCACAACUGAUUCCUGAGAUGCAGGAGGCCUUCUUCCAAUGCCAAGUGUGUGCCCAUACCACCCGAGUGGAAAUGGAUCGAGGCCGCAUUGCUGAGCCCUGCACUUGUGCACAUUGCCACACCACCCAUGGCAUGGCACUGAUUCACAACCGAUCCCUGUUCUCUGAUAAGCAGAUGAUCAAACUUCAAGAGUCUCCUGAAGACAUGCCUGCUGGGCAGACACCUCACACUGUUGUUCUUUUUGCCCACAAUGAUCUUGUAGACAAGGUUCAACCAGGGGACAGAGUGAAUGUCACAGGCAUAUAUCGAGCAGUACCUAUUCGAGUCAAUCCAAGAGUGAACAAUGUGAAAUCUGUCUAUAAAACCCAUAUUGAUGUCAUUCAUUAUCGGAAAACUGAUGCAAAACGCCUGCAUGGCCUUGAUGAAGAAGCAGAACAGAAACUUUUUUCAGAGAAACGUGUAAAACUGCUUAAGGACCUUUCCAGGAAACCAGACAUUUAUGAACGACUUGCUUCAGCCUUGGCUCCCAGCAUUUACGAACAUGAAGAUAUAAAGAAGGGAAUCUUGCUUCAGCUCUUUGGUGGAACAAGGAAGGAUUUCAGUCACACUGGAAGGGGUAAAUUCCGUGCUGAGAUCAAUAUCCUUCUGUGUGGUGACCCUGGUACCAGCAAGUCCCAGCUGCUUCAGUAUGUGUACAACCUGGUUCCUAGAGGCCAGUACACAUCUGGAAAGGGCUCCAGUGCAGUUGGCCUCACAGCCUAUGUGAUGAAAGAUCCUGAGACUAGGCAGCUAGUCCUACAGACAGGUGCCCUUGUCUUGAGUGACAAUGGCAUCUGUUGCAUUGAUGAGUUUGACAAAAUGAAUGAAAGUACAAGAUCUGUACUGCAUGAAGUCAUGGAACAACAGACUCUGUCCAUUGCAAAGGCUGGAAUAAUCUGUCAGCUUAAUGCCCGAACGUCUGUCCUGGCAGCAGCAAAUCCUAUUGAGUCUCAGUGGAAUCCUAAAAAAACAACCAUUGAAAAUAUCCAACUACCGCAUACAUUGUUGUCAAGGUUUGAUCUUAUUUUCCUCAUGCUGGACCCUCAGGAUGAGGCAUAUGACCGGCGUCUUGCUCAUCACCUGGUUUCACUGUACUACCAAAGUGAGGAGCAAGUAGAGGAGGAGUUCCUGGACAUGGCAGUGCUGAAGGACUACAUAGCAUAUGCACAUAGUACCAUCAUGCCCCGGCUAAGUGAGGAGGCCAGCCAGGCUCUCAUUGAGGCUUAUGUGAACAUGAGGAAGAUUGGUAGUAGCCGGGGAAUGGUUUCUGCUUACCCCCGUCAGCUAGAGUCAUUAAUUCGAUUAGCUGAAGCCCAUGCAAAAGUAAGAUUUUCAGACAAAGUUGAAGCAAUUGAUGUGGAAGAGGCAAAACGCCUUCACCGGGAGGCUCUAAAACAGUCUGCAACUGACCCUCGCACUGGCAUUGUGGAUAUAUCUAUUCUUACUACAGGGAUGAGCGCCACUUCUCGUAAAAGAAAAGAAGAAUUAGCAGAAGCAUUGAGGAAACUUAUUUUAUCUAAGGGCAAAACACCAGCUUUAAAAUACCAACAACUUUUUGAGGAUAUUCGGGGACAGUCUGACACAGCAAUUACCAAAGAUAUGUUUGAAGAAGCCCUGCGAGCGUUGGCUGAUGAUGACUUCUUAACAGUGACUGGCAAAACUGUCCGCUUGCUCUGAGCCAUCAGUUGCUGCUAUUUUUUUUU